CGACAACUUCGAAAUCCUUCCUCUCUCUGUGCUUCCACUCCGCCUCUUCCGGAAGCACUCAUGGCGCGCUGACGUCGGUGAGGAAGGCGUUGCGGUCCGCGUGAGCUACAGAACGAGCGAAGGGAAUCAAGAUGGCGGACCUCGAAGACGUUACGCUGGACGGGAGGCCGCUCCAUUCGCUCCGGGUGGCGGAUUUGAAGGCGGCAUUGGAAGAGAGAGGGCUUCCGAAAAGCGGACAGAAGAAUGCUCUCAUCAAGAGGCUCAAAGGGGCUCUCAUGUUGGAGAACCUUCAGAAAACCUCCACUCAUCACAUUGGCCUGCAGCCUAACUCCCGGAUUGGGGAGGAAAUGAGUCAGAACAGCUUCAUUAAACAGUACCUGGCCAAACAGCAAGAGCUUCUGAGGCAGCGUUUGGAGAGGGAAGCACGAGAGGCAGCUGAAACUGAUGGAACAGACCAUGAAGACCACACAGAGGCCAAUGACAGUAUUUGUGCUGCCCCUAACCAGGAUGUUGCUCCCUCCUUAGUUGACCAACACAAAGGAGGUACAGCAGUGGCUGGGGGAUUUGGGGUGACUGCGAGUGAGAGUGAUGAGCUCAGAGAAAAAGAAAUGCCUGGGGAGCCGUCCCCCUCUGCACCUGCCCAGCCUAGCGCAAUAGCCUCUUUGUCGGUGCGGGUUGUUGGUGAAAGAGGACCAACAUCAAGCCAUGUACCGGCUGACAGUGAUGAUGACAGUGAAGGCGGGGAUGACAAUGAUGACGAGGAGGAGGAGUGGAACCCCAUUGCUAAACGGAGUCGUCGAGCACAGCCUCCAAAAAGCCAGCCGGUGAGGGAAAGAUCUGGUGGCUCGCAGCAGCAGCCGCCCCCCCAACACAUACCUUUACUAUCACAGCAGCUCAGACAGCCCACUCCUCCCCCAUCUCCUCCUCCUGAACUCUCUUUUCCACUCCCAGACACCCCUAAACAGAGCCCCCCUAGUCCCGGAGAGCCCCCACCUAGGCAGCGUAUAUCUAGCUCUUCGAGCUCUGGUAGUUCCAGUAGUGACAGUUGUAGCAGUAGCCCUGAACCAGCAGGCGACUCCACAGAACGCAGACCAGGCCCACUGACCUUACUGGCACGCAAGAUGGCGUCUGAGGGAGCUUUCUCUGGUGCAGGAAAGCGUGAUAGGGAGGGAAUGGAUGGACAGAGAAGCCACCAUGAGGGAGUUGUGUCUGCAAUUACUCACACAGCUAAUGCAGCGUCAGUUUUGUCAUACCCUAGUUUAGUGAUCUCCAACCAAAGUGUUAGUGUCGUUAGAACAGCGGUGGUGGAAGAGAGUGAUGGUAUGAAGCAGGAUGAGGGUAGCCAUCUUUUAUGGGAGCAAGAAAACAAAAAGAGGGAAAGACAGCGAGAACAAGAGAGGCUGAAAGCCCUAGAAAAGGAGAGAGAGGAAAAGAAGGCAUUGGAAGAAGAGCGAACACGAGUUUUGGAACGGGAAAGACAGGAACGAGAAGAAGCUCUGAAACGGGAGAGGGAGAGAGCUUUACAGCAAGAAAGGGAAGAGAAAGAAAAGGCCUUACAGCGGGAGAGGGAAGAGAGGGAGAAGCUUGAAAGAGAACAAGCAUUGGAAAGAGAACGACUCGAGAGAGAACAAGCGCUGGAACGAGAGAGGCAAGAAAAGGAGAGACUGGAAAGAGAGAGACAGGAAGCUUUAGAGCGGGAGAGAUUGGAGAGAGAGAGGCUUGAGAAAGAAAGACAAGAACGACAAAAAGCCUUAGAGAGGGAAAGACUCAAGAAAGAAAAACACGAACGAGAACGAGAACUAGCUCUAGAGAGGGAGAGAUUAGAGCGAGAGAGGCUUGAAAAGGAAAGACUAGAAAGAGAACAAGCUCUAGAGAGGGAGAGAUUGGAGAGAGAGCGGCUCGAGAAGGAAAGACAAGAAAGAGAACAAGCUCUAAAGAGGGAAAGGUUGGAGAGAGAGCGGCUUGAGAAAGAAAGAAUAGAACGAGAACAAGCUCUAGAGAGGGAAAGGUUGGAGAGAGAGAGGCUUGAGAAAGAAAGACUAGAACGAGAACAAGCUCUUGAGAGGGAAAGGUUGGAGAGAGAGAGAUUUGAGAAAGAAAGACUAGAACGAGAACAAGCUCUUGAGAGGGAAAGGUUGGAGAGAGAGAGAUUUGAGAAAGAAAGACUAGAACGAGAACAAGCUCUUGAGAGGGAAAGGCUGGAGAGAGAGAGGCUUGAGAAAGAAAGACAACAAGCUCUAGAGAGGGAGAGAUUGGAAAAAGAGCGACUUGAGAAGGACAGACAAGAACAAGCUUUAGAAAGGGAGCGAUUGGAAAAAGAACGGUUUGAGAAGGAAAGGCAGGAACGAGAGAAGCAAGAAAAAGAACAAGCUCUAGAGAGGGAGAGACUAGAAAGAGAAGCUGCAAUGGAGAAAGAGAGACAAGAAAUGGAAAGGGCCAAAGAACAGCAAAGACUGGAGAAAGAGAGGGCUGAAAAAGAAAGACAUGAAAGAGAAGCCGCCAAGAGGCAAGAGCGAGAAAGGCAUGAGAAAGAGAAAGCUUUGGAAGAGGAACGAUUGCAGAAAGAACAAGCUCUUGAGCGUGAGAGAGAAGCACAGAGGAAAGCAGAGGAGGAACGAGAGCGAACUUUGGAAAAAGAGAAAGAGGAGCAGGAGAGGGCUUUAAAAGAAGAGCAGCAGAGAGCCUUGGAGGAAAGGGAAAGACUUUUGGAGCAAAAAAGAGUGCAGGAGGAAAAAGAAAAGGCUUUGAAACUUGAAAAAGAGGAGGAACAUGAGAAAAAAAGAGAAAGCCGUCUUCCUCCGUGGAAGCGUGGUCGUGAUAUCGGUGGUCUCUCCUAUCCAGCGGCCCAUCCUGCUUCUCUGGAGAGUCCAACGGAGAAGUCAGACGAGAGCGAGACUGGUGAACCUCAGAGCACUGGCAAAGAUGCUCGAUCUACAGAGCCUGUCCUACAACAGUCACCCACACUUGCAACACCACUAUCCGCUCAAUCUUCUUCAAAGAAGUCCCGCUUCCUCAGACAUGCUCCUGUGACAACUCCUCUCCCUUCCUCUCCGACUUCUGUGCUGAAGAGACCUCGUACUUUCUCAGACAGCCCCAUGCCACAAGCCCCCUCAAUUCCAUUAGCAUCUAAGCCUGAGGAAAAAGAUGCCUCUCAGGCUCCUCAAACAUCAGUCAUUGCUUCAGCCUCCAAUGAGCUUGAGAGCAAGACCCCCGAGGUGCCUGCCAAACAACAUGCACCACAAGAGGAAGAGAAGAUGAAGAUGUCAGAGGAUAGUGAGGCAAGCAAAGACACUAAACAUAAGACACUCAGAAGAGUGGAGGAUGAGGAGAAACCUCUUUCAGAGGAGAAGAAAAGAGGAAGAGAAAGAGAAAAGAAGCAGGUGGAGAAGAAAGAAAGAAAAUCAUCAUCCUCCAGCGACUCCUCCUCAUCCAACUCGGAUUCUGGGUCUUCAUCCUCCUCACGCUCCUCCAGUUCAUCAUCGGAGGAGGAGGAGAAAAGUCAUUCCACUUCAGGUGGUAGGAAGUCUAAAGAGGUCCAGAAAGAGUCUUCAUCUCAGGCCACAGAAAAAGUUGCGGCUGUAAAGCCUCCUACAGCCCAAUGCAAAAAACGAGUCUUCACAGAGCAGGAGGAAAAAGACACGGGCAAUGAGGAUGUCAUCCAAACCAAGAAACCCUGCCUUGAACUACAAGAUGAGAAAGUAACAAGGGGAAGAAAGGACGAUAUUGAAGAGGAUGACACUAACAAAGACACUACCAGUAGUGAGGUGAAGGAGGCUGUCAUGGCGGAGCCUGAGAAGGUUCCAGAGAGCAGUGAGGAGAGCACCACGCCAAAGACCUUCUCUGCCCGAAGGAUUUCUCUCGGCAGCAGCAAACAGUCUCCUGGGGUGGUGAGUUCGGAGGGGGAAGCGGAGGCCGCAAGCAGUGCUGGCGCUGGCAGGAAGAGGAGAUGGGGCUCCAGUACAGCUGUCACUGCCAAGAAACCCUCCAUCAGUAUCACCACAGACUCUUUGAAGUACUCUAGUGUGGAAGAGGCGAUGGCCACUCGUACAGCACUACAUGGGGUUAAGUGGCCCCAGAGUAACCCUAAGUUCCUCAGUGUUGAUUUCUGCACACAAGAGGAGUUGGACUUCCACAGGGGUUUGGGUCCCGCAGGAGAAAAGCCAACAGAGGAGCCUCGUGGGGCGGCAGCCGCUGGGCCUGGCCGUCCAGUACCCCCGCCUCUCCUUUCAGAGCGUGAUCAGUGGGCAGAACGAGAAAGGGAAAUGGAAAGGAGGGAGAGGACGCGUGCGGAGAGGGAAUGGGACAGAGAUAAAGUGAAAGACUUCAGCAAACCUGGAGAGGAGCGGGAAGCUGGGGCCAGAAGAUCGCGUUCACGAGAUCGCGAAAGGCGGCGCAAGGAAAGAGGAAAGAGCAAAGAGAAGAAAACAGAUAAAAAGGAAAAAGGACCAGAGGAUCCACCUGCUAAACUGCUGGAUGACCUCUUCCGCAAAACCAAAGCGGCUCCGUGCAUAUACUGGCUCCCCCUGACUGAGGAGCAGGCAGCACAGAGGGCAGCGGCUCGUGCUGAACGCAUGAGGGAAAGAGAGAAGAGGAGGAAGGAGAUGGAAGAGGAGGAUAAGAAACGCGAGGAGGAGCGGCGAGAGAGGAUGAAGACCGGCGGGGCCACCAGAGGGGAAGGUGAGAGAGACCGUGACAGAGAACGAGACCGAGACAGAGGUCGAGAAAGGGAGCGAGAGGGGGAUAAACGGAAGGAGGGAUACCGCAGGCCUGGCGGAAACAGUGCAAGCGGGAGCAGGAGGUCACGAAGCCACAGCGACCCUCCGCUCCGAGAUCGACGACACUAAGGGAAGCCUGGAACUGUCCAGUUUGUGACCCCUGUUCCUGUAUGUGCAGCUCUAUGCCUACCUUCCUGAGGACCAACUCAGACUUUAUAAAAACACACACAUGCACACACACUCUGCGUAAAGACACACGGGUGCACACACACACACACAUUGGGACCAUGGUGGUGCUGUGUCUCCAUGUAGACUCUUCUCGUUGUCUCUUGACUGGGCUUUAAGACUCCUGGUGUUCAUUUCCCACCACAGUGUUAAUGGACUUCUGGUAUAAAUGGGUCGGACUGCAAGACGUCCUCCUGGUUUGGUGACAUUCUCUUUCUCCUUCAGUGUAGUGUCGACACAGAUCUGAAAGAGUGAAGCUGGGAUCAGAAAGAUGCUCUGAAAGCCUUCAGCGUGAUUUAAGUCCUGAUCACUACUUUGCCUCUUGUUUUCCUCACAUUCCUUGUACCUUUUUUGUCUCGUAUUGUCUGCCUUUUACCACCCCUUUGCUGUUAGCAGGUUGCCAUGGAGAAUGGGAUGCAUAUUUAACCUUUUCACAUUUGGUUUUUAAUUUUUUUAUCGUUUUAGCAUAAAAGCUGACAUUUU